CGACGACCGCGCUUUUUCCAUCAUCCUGCGCUUAUUGCACAUAUUGGGGUAGGAAACCCGCCUUGGCCAAAACGGGGUCGAAAACCUUAUCCAAACGCUGCUGGGAAAUGGGGCAGCAGGUGGAACCUCCAAACGAUAUAUGUGUAUACGACUCUGGAACGGAAACGGACGGUUCGUCUCUAAUUUGAAAAGGCAGGAAGUCCCGACAUUCCGUUCGGCCAUUCUGUCCGUAUACCCGAAGUCCCCACCAUGCGCGUCUCGGUCGCCGCCCUCUUGGUCCUGGCCACUUCCACCGUCGUCACCUGCCAAGAAAACCCCAGGGACCGUCUCAGAAAUGCCGUGUUGAGCUCGAUCCACGAAGCCACGACUAAGGAGUCUAGGUCACUGGCAAGGAGGAGUACUCCGCUCUCAUGGACACUGGCGCUUGGGCAAACCGUGCAAUUGAAUCUGGGCACCCCGCCACAAACGUUCGAAUCUCUUGUCGACACAGGCUCACCAGACACCUUCGUCCUCGGCGACCAAUGCAUGUCCUUCGCCUGUUUAACCGGCCAGCAAUUCAACGCCCCAAGAAGCUCGACCUUCCGGCCCACUACUGCGGCCGUGCAGCUCCACUACGCCGAUGACACAAACGUCACGGGUAUAGCUGCCCAGGACGUACUUACUCUGGACGGCCAGACGCUGUCAAAUUUCACAUUUGCCUAUAUCCAGCACUACGAGCAGGAGAAUACAGUAGUAGCGACCCACUCGGCGUUACUCGGGAUGAGUUUUCCGCUUAAAGGCCUAAUGCCCGGGUCGCCGUCCAUCAAACCCCUAGGUUCCUCCACCGUUCAACAGCUUCUGGGAUCCAACAUCACCCGCUUCAGCUUCCUCCCCAGCUUCAGCGGCGCAAGAAAGGGCCGAUUAACCCUCAACAACACAGACUUCGGCACCGACGUAAACACCUCCGCCGGCACCCAAUGGAUCAACCUCACCGCCCCAGUUGACACAGUGUACGAAGCGUUCUGGGCGCCUAAAUGCAAAUCCAUCACCAUCGCCGGCGCCACAUCCCCAGCACAACCCUUAAACGACCUCCCCAUCCUCCUCGACACCGGAACAACAUUCACCAUCCUCCCCGGCCCAAUCGUCACCUACCUCGGCACAACCCUCGGCGGCGAGCUCGCCAAGUUCCCGUCCGCCGAGGCGCCCAUCGUCUAUAAAAUUGCCUGUGCGAAGGCCGCGACUAUGCCGAAUGUGGUUUUGGAGUUGAACGGCGUGAAGGUGUCUGUGCCUGCGACGGCGUAUGUUCAGAACUCGUUCUUUUCGGACGGGUGUAUUAUUGGGUUUGUGGGGACGCAGGGGGCGUUGGGUGGGAGCAUGGGGUUGGUUGGGAUGAAUGUGUUGAGGGCAUUCUACACAACAUGGGACUUCUCCGCCCGCAGCGUCGGUUUCACGCCAUUAGCCGACGUGCCCGUGCCGAAAGGCACAAUCAUCGAAUCAGCGGCGUCCACAUAUACAUCCUCGUCCUUCGCCAGUAUCGCCAGCAUCGCCGUCGCGUCUGCGCUGGUCAUGGCGUGGUAGUAUGGCGUGCGCCUUCCAUCUUCACAUUCUUGUAUAUAGCACAUCUUAUGCAUUAUCCCCUCAUUUAGACUCCCCCGCUUAACGCAGCUAAUUCGUGGCUUAGCAGACACAAUGGCGUAUGGGUGGAAUAGAAAUAGAACCUUUUACCUCGCACGGCGUUUUACUUGGCCAAUCCAUUCGUCU